GGGGAAUUUUCGAAUGCUCGUUGCUAGGCAACAGCUUUAUGUUUUAUUUUCUUCGUAAUUAACAAAUUCGUCACUGAAAUUUUCGUUCGCUUUGAUUGUGCGAGCGGAUUAAUUAAAGAAUGGACGCCACAGAAGACGAAGAUUUCGAUGACAACGAUUAUGAGGAUAAAAAAUCAGAGUAUGAUAAUAAACCGGGGAGUAACGGGAAGAAUUCCCCUGGAUUUCAAUCAAGUUCAAGUUCCGGUAACAACUCCAUGAAUCCUUCUCCAUCGGUAUCAAGUUCAUCUGUGUUAAAUUCGAGUGCAACUCUCAAUAGAACAAACUGGAAGACUACAAAUGCUUUUCUCAAUUAUGUGCAAGACUUUCGCCAGAAGCUACGCGAGAUGAAUAAAGUGGUUCAUCCGGCCAAUGUGGUUGGCCUAGCUGCUCAAGAAUGGAGACUCCUGCCCGACGAUCAAAAAAAAAUAUAUGUUGAGGGGGCAUUGGCUAUCAAAAUGAUUAAACCGAAAACUGUAUCAGAGAGGAAGCCGAGGCGCAACCGCGUCAAGAAAAGGUCUAGAGUGAAGAGAGGAAAAUUGGCUUCUUUGCUACGUGGGAAUUUCAAAAAGACGAACCGAAAGAAUUAAUCCGGAAAUGAUCUAAAAAUGGAGUUAAUCAGAGGAUUAAAAAAAAUCAUCAAAUAUCGAGUUGAAGAGAAAAAUGUCUUUCUUCCUCUCAUGACAAUAAAAAAAAGGAAAAUUGUACAUUACGUAAAAGUCUGUAACAAACUUCAAUUUGAUGAUGUAACAUUUUCCAAGGAACGAGGCAAAAUAAUAAAACAGAAUUAAACAGAAAAAAGACUAAUUGCUGUCGGAAAACACUAGAAAUAAACAGUAAAUGGAGGCGACUAGUUGUAUUAUGUGAUAAUUACCAUCUGAAGUACGACUGAAAGGCAUUCCGCAGUUCUCCAACUCGAUUACUGCCUUGGGUGCCUCCCUAGUCAUGUAGUGAAUGGCAUCCUGAUCUCCAAGCCAGUCUGAACCCUUGACCGUAUCGUACAUGUGCCACUGCCAAUUGUCCUCCUCCAUAUUCCCAAGUGCAGCAUUUAUCCCACCCUGGGCAGCAACAGUGUGCGACCUUGUUGGAAAGAGCUUGGUGAUAACAGCUGUUUUGAAGCCCUCAGCGACGAGCCCAUAGGCUGCACGCAACCCAGCACCACCAGCACCAACGACAACGGCAUCAUACGUAUGAUCGACCACUGGAUAUUCCUUUGAUAUUCCACUCGAAACACUCGCAAAUUUUCCAUCCUGAGUCCAGUGGAACUUGCGAUUCGUGGCUACCGAUAUGCCCAGCUUAUUC